AUGAUGUCCGACGAGAUCUUCCACGAGGUAGCGUACCGAGCUCGCAAGCGGGAUCACCUGCUGUCCGGAGUGGACGAGUUCCUCGAUGCAGUUACCGUGCUGCCGCCGGGCGAAUGGGAUCCCACCAUUCGGAUUGAGCCACCGGCGGCCAUUCCCUCCCAGGAAGUGCGCAAGCGUCCUCCAGAGUUGCCCAAGGAGGAGGUGGACGAGGAGGAGGAGGAGGCGCGCCUGAGGGAGGAGAACGGUCUGUCCCGGACGGGCCGAUUCUUCGGAGGCCUGAUCAACGACAUCAAGAGGAAGGCACCCUGGUACCUAAGCGACUACAAGGACUCUCUGUCCAUGCAGUGUGUGGCCUCCUGGAUCUUCCUGUACUUCGCCUGCCUGUCCCCGAUCAUUACGUUCGGUGGUCUGCUGGCUGAGGCCACUGGCAAGCACAUGGCUGCGAUGGAGUCCCUGGUGUCCGGGUUCGUUUGUGGCAUGGGCUAUGGCUUCUUUUCGGGUCAGCCGCUGACAAUUCUCGGGUCCACCGGUCCAGUCCUGGUCUUCGAGUCAAUUAUCUACGAGUUCUGUCUGAAGAUGGGCUGGGAAUAUAUGACCUUCCGGUUCUGGAUCGGCAAGUGGGUCGCCGACAUUUGUAUCGUCCUGACCGCGAUUGAUGCCAGUGCCCUCGUCUGCUACAUCACCCGUUUCACCGAGGAGAAUUUCGCCACCCUGAUCGCGUUUAUCUUUAUCUACAAGGCCAUUGAGAAUGUGAUGGUUAUCGGUAAGAACUUUCCGGUCAAUCAGGGGAUAUACGACUGUGUCUGUACACCGCCAAUUGGGAGCAAUGCUAGUGUGAUCGAGUAUGCCAAGUACAUGGACUAUUGUGAGUCCUACAAUGGCACCUUGGUUGGUGGAGACUGCGGCAGCCCGCCCACCGAAAACGUAUUCCUUAUGUCGGUGGUUCUCUGCGCCGGCACCUUCCUCAUUUCCACCGUUCUGAAGGAGUUCAAGAACGCCCUUUUCUUCCCCUCGAUUGUUCGCCAGUACAUUAGCGAUUUCUCCGUGCUGAUCGCGAAUUUCGCCAUGAGUUUCUUCGACUAUUCGCUGGGUGUGCCCACCCAGAAACUGGAGGUACCCAACGAGUUGAAGCCCACACUUAGCACCAGGGGCUGGCUCAUACCGCCAUUCUCCGAGAAGAACCCCUGGUGGUCGCCAAUAAUUGCCGUCUUUCCCGCCCUGCUCGGAACCAUCCUGAUCUUCAUGGACCAACAGAUCACGUCCGUAAUUGUGAAUCGCAAAGAGAACAAACUGAAGAAGGGCUGUGGCUACCAUCUGGAUCUGUUCAUCCUCUCGAUUCUGAUCGCCAUUUGCAGCGUGAUGGGUCUACCUUGGUUCGUGGCUGCCACCGUGCUGAGCAUCAACCACGUGAACUCGCUGAAACUGGAAUCGGAGUGCUCGGCCCCUGGCGAGAAGCCACAGUUCCUGGGAGUGCGCGAGCAGCGGGUGACCCACAUUCUGAUCUUCCUGACCAUCGGCGGCUCCGUGCUGCUGACCCCGCUGCUCCGUCACAUUCCCAUGCCAGUUCUGUUCGGCGUCUUUCUUUAUAUGGGCGUGGCCUCGCUCAAGGGUCUGCAGUUCUUCGAUCGCAUACUUAUCAUGUUCAUGCCGGCCAAGUACCAGCCGGACUAUAUGUUCCUGCGCCAGGUUCCCAUCAAACGCGUCCACUUGUUCACCAUUAUUCAGCUGGCCUGUCUCAUUAUUCUGUGGCUGAUCAAGUCCUUCUCGCAGACCUCGAUCCUGUUUCCCCUGAUGCUGGUGGUGAUGAUUGGUAUACGAAAGGCCCUGGAUCUGGUAUUCACUCGUCGCGAGCUGAAGAUUCUGGACGACAUAAUGCCGGAGAUGACGAAGCGGGCGGCGGCAGAUGACCUGCACAAACUGGACGCUGAGGUGGGCUUAUUGGCGCGAAUCUUCCCCUGGGGAAAAGGUAGUCGUGGCCGGGUGGUGACCAAGCCGCUGGGCCUCGAUGGUGGCCUCGCUGGGUCUGGUGGUGCGGGCAGUGCCGGUGGCGCUGUCCUCAUCAGCUGCUCCACCUCAAAUGCAAAUGAGAAGGAGUUCGAGGCACAGAGCAGUCUGCUCAAAAAGUAGAAGACACUGAACACCUACCGAGCACACACGCAUACUUAGACAAGAAAACACCCACACGCCCACAUCCACGUACACGCCGAAACAAAAGAAAAUCCCACGGACCAGUGCUGCCCAUAUCAUUUGCGUUUGCAGUGCUGCCCAGUCCCCCGCACAAAACCAACGAUUAGCGAUACUUGCUUCGAUCGUUUCGAUACCGAUAAACUCAAUUUUUAAUAUAUUAUUGAUUAAUUUGCAUUUUGUCGGUCUUGAUACAUCUUAAUCAGCUACCAUAGUUAUCUACCCAUAUAUAUAAAUAUGCAUUAUUCUCUGUUAUAUACGUUUUUAUCAUGUCUUUAACAGUAUUUUGUAAAUGUUUUCCCCCCACCCCACACCAUUAUAAUUUUAAAAAAUAUGGCAUGCAGCAAUUUUGCAUUUUGUUUUUAUAUAUACGAUAUUUUUUGAUACAAUUAUUUAACUACUUUUUGAUCCUUUGCUUAAAAAACGCUUUUAAACCACUUGUAAAUGCCAAACCUAUAAAAAAGAAAUUAUGUGGCUUUUCGUAGUGCAAAAAACGUGUUAUCUAUCCGAACCUACUCUAAAACUACUCUUACCCUAUAUAUAUAUAAACAAAUAUUAUAUUUAUAAAUGUAAAUGAAAUUCUAGCUUAAGUCAUAAUUAGUCAAACGUUUACACUGUACAACAAGUACCUUAAUGUAUUAAAUGGAACCUGUUAUGUUA